AUGUGGCUUCUCUGCUCCUCACUGACUCUGCUGGCCCUCAGCUUUGGAUCAUGCGACAUUUUGACAUCCGAACAAGGUGCACAAUGCCCAUUCUUACAAGUGGAAGAUUGGAGGUUUCCUCAGACGGAUCGGCAAAAUAUCACAGGUUUUAAUCUGGUGAGGCGAUUUUCCCUGUACAAGAACGCUGACGUCAGGAAGAUCCGCAACCCUCGCGGUCCCGUUAUCCUCCGCAUUGGCAAGACGGCACUCCUGCGACCCAGCGAUCAGGUCUUCCCUCAAGGUUUACCCGAUGAGUUCACGCUGGUCUUCACCCUGGCUUUGAAAAAGGCUGCCCUGAGGGACACCAUCUACCUCUUUCAGAUAUCUGAUCAGCAGGGAUACCCACAGCUCUCAGUGGACCUGAGUGGCCCUGAUGGCACCCUGUCUCUUCGGGCCAGAGGGGUGGACCCCCUGGCUGACCUGGUCAGCUGCGUUUUCAGCGGGGAGGGGGUGGAGGCCCUGCUGGACCUCCGUUGGCACAAGGUGGCCCUGAGCGUGCGGCACGACGCUGCCUCGCUCCACGUGGACUGCAGCUCCAUCGAGACCAAGCCCCUUGAGCGUCGAGGGCUUCUGCCCAUUGACGGACACACACUGCUGGGAGUUCAGGCUUCAGAUGCUGGACCAGCACAGAUGGAUAUUCAGCAAGUGAUGCUGUACUGUGACCCUUUACUCGCCAUUCAAGAAGCCUGCUGUGAGAUACCUGGUGCACGGUGCCCUCCAGAUGCUCCCAAGAGUCGACGAGCUGCUGAAAAUGAUCUGCUCGACAACACAUUCAACCAGGAGAUUUUUGCAUCAAAGGAUAUUGCAGAAAAAUGUGCGGGUUGUUUACUCCUGAGUAGGGAAGAAAAUGUUGUAAAUGCUGGUGGAACUUCUGGUGUGAUAGGAGAAAAAUUUGACCGGGGUGAUGACUGUUCUGGCUCCCAUUCAGGUCCAUGCGCGGAGGGACCCAAAGGCCAGAAGGGAGAGAAAGGCGACUUGGCGAUGGCUUCCAACUGGGACGAAGCAGCUGGGUACAAGGGACAAAAAGGUCAGAAGGGAGACGUCGGUCCACAGGGUCUGACAGGCACACCAGGAAAGGACGGUCGAGCUGGGUCCAUCUGUGUAGUUGGCCCCAAGGGACAGAAGGGCACACCGGGCAGGUUGGGUCCUGAAGGAUUGGCUGGGGAGCCUGGGAAACCAGGACUUCCAGGUCUACCAGGAGUUGGAAAGCCAGGUCUCCCGGGUCUCCCUGGUGAACCUGGUGGUGCAAAAGGAGAAAAGGGGGAUGCGGGAUCAUCUGGGAAAGAUGGGUUGCCAGGAGAUCCAGGACCAAGAGGACCAUUGGGGUUUAAAGGAGAGAAGGGUGACCCGUGUGAAGUGUGCCCAGUGCUACCAGCAGACAUCGGCAACGCAGGGACUUUUCAAGGGAAACCCGGCCCUAAAGGAGAGCCUGGAUUACCGGGGCUAGGAGAGAGAGGACUCCCUGGGCCUCAAGGUGCAGAUGGCAAAGCAGGACAGAAGGGAGACCAAGGAUCAGAUGGCACCAAAGGAGAAAAGGGAGAUCCGUGUUCUGUGUGCCCCACCCUUGGAGAACUUCCCCCUAACCCUUUUCCUGGUGUCUCAACCCAAACCCUACAGCAGAAGGGUGAGAAGGGGGAGGCUGGGAUGGGACUGAAGGGAGAGAAAGGGGAGCAAGGAAAUGUAGGUUCACCUGGCCUUAGAGGAGAGAAGGGUAAUAUCGGUAGCACAGGGGCUGAUGGCAAGCCGGGAAAACCUGGGCUAAGGGGAUCCAGUGGCAAGGAAGGACAGAGAGGAGCAAAGGGAGAACAGGGGCCACCUGGUAUCGGUCUAUAUGGCCAAAAGGGUGAUAAGGGCGAGUGUGGUGUGUGCCAGCCAUCAGAAGUUGGUAGCAAACCCGCCAACAUCAGAAUGCCCAACGGAACAAAAGGUGAACCUGGUCCUCCAGGUCCGCCCGGUCCACCAGGCAUCGGGGCUGAUGGCAAACAGGGGCCAUCCGGUCUGACUGGUGCUAAAGGAGAAAAGGGGGAUCAGGGAGAACAAGGGGGAAAAGGGCAGAAUGGUGCUCCCGGAGUCCCAGGUCUGCCUGGAGAGCCUGGUCGGGAUGGUCAAAUGGGCUUCAAAGGAGAGAAGGGAGAUGCCUGCACCAGCUGCUCUACCCCUGGCUCCGUGGAGGGUGAUGGUGUGACUGUACCAGGUCCCAAAGGAGAGAAGGGAGAUCCAGGUCCCCCAGGGACAGGAAAGACUGGCAAAAAUGGAAAACCAGGCUUACCAGGUGUGCAGGGCCCCUCUGGUCCCAAAGGAAGCAAGGGAGAAACCGGAGCUGCAGGAGUUGGUAUUCCAGGACCACAGGGUGUUGAGGGACCCCGGGGCCUCCCAGGACUCGCAGGACCAGCUGGUGCCAUAGGAGCAACGGGUCCUGUAGGCCCUGCUGGAGAAAAGGGCUCCAGAGGUGACAUUGGGGUUCCCGGGCCCCAGGGGCCAGCAGGCGUAGGGGCCACAGGACCAGCGGGCAGAGAUGGAGACCGCGGCCCUGUUGGGAUUCCAGGAGCCGAUGGCAGACCUGGACUUGAUGGAGCUAAAGGGGACAAGGGUGAACCAGGAGAGUGCAACUGCAUUAUGCCGGGGCCUACCACUGUUGGCGGACCAGGAGCUCCAGGAACUGCAAUAAACAUGUGGCAGCCCGGGCCUCAGGGCCCCCCUGGACCUCCAGGGCCUCCUGGUCCCCCCGGGCCGGAGGGAAUGACCGGAAUCGAAGGACCCCAGGGUAUCCCUGGAAGCGACGGGAUACCAGGGAAACCGGGUUUGCCUGGAAACAUCAUCUACCGACUGCCUCAAGACGCUACCGGAGUAACCGAAGAGGAGGAAUGUGAAGGGGGCUGUUCCCAAGGGUCGCCGGGAGUGCCGGGCAUGGCUGGUGCCAAGGGUGAGAAAGGAGACCAGGGCAAGCCUGGGGCGACUCCUUUGGACAGCUGUGACAGGUGUCUGGAGAGACUGCAGAGAGUGCAGGCUACGCAGCCAGCGGGCGACCGAUUCAACACGGGAGCUCCUGGAGUUCCCGGAAUUCCCGGAUCCCCAGGCAUCAAAGGGGACCCUGGCUCACCAGGAGAAAGAGGGACUGCUGGACCUCCAGGAAUCAUGGGACCUCCUGGUUUUCCAGGUCCUCAAGGCCCGUCUGGUUCACCAGGCCAGCAGGGUGAGCGCGGGUCACCCGGCCUUCCAGGAAUAAAGGGCGAGCAGGGCCCAGCGGGGACUUCUGGAUAUCCAGGAACCAUGGGUCCACCUGGAAUGCCUGGACUGAAGGGCGAUCGUGGCAGUCCUGGAAGCGGUGGACAAAAAGGAGAAUCGGGUUCCGCUGGUAACCCGGGGUAUCAAGGACAAGCUGGCUCACCGGGCAUUAAGGGAGAGACGGGACCAGCGGGGCCUUCUGGUCCCAAAGGUGACCAGGGUUUCCAAGGACAGUCAGGUUUCCCAGGACCACCAGGUGCCCCUGGUCCCGCCGGAAAACCUGGAAGGGAAGGCUCUCCUGGGCUCAAAGGGGAAAAAGGAAUUAAUGGCCUUCAAGGUGCUCAGGGGCAAUCCGGGCCCCCUGGCUCACCAGGCUCCCCUGGAUUGAUGGGCCCGCCUGGCAUUGAGGGAAUUGAUGGAAAAGAUGGGAAGCCAGGGCUGCGGGGAGAGAUGGGCCCACCAGGCCCAGCAGGACCUCGAGGAAUCCCAGGAUUCAAAGGGAAAACUGGCCACGUUGGCUUUCCCGGACCAAAGGGAGAAGCCGGACUCGCGGGUCCACCGGGACCACCAGGCCGGCAGGGACAUGACGGUGAUCCCGGUACCCCAGGAGCUCUGGGACGACCUGGAGCUCCAGGCCAAAUUGGUCCCUCAGGACCAGCAGGACCCCCAGGGCCCCCUGGUCCAUCAGGCUUGGGUAUACCAGGAGAUAAAGGCCAAGCCGGAGAGAGAGGUCUGCCGGGAAUGGGUGGCUCUCCAGGGCCACCAGGGCAUCCAGGACCUAUGGGUGAGCCUGGCAAUGAUGGUGCAGCUGGUAAAGAUGGAGCUGCAGGCCUGCCAGGUGACAAUGGGCAGCCAGGUCAAAAGGGUGAGCCAGGGGCCGCUGGCCAGAGGGGGCCUCCAGGAGAGAGAGGAAGGCCAGGACCCCCGGGCGGUGGAGGAUAUCAUUCCAAGGAUGCCCAACCUAUAAUGGGUCCAGUUGGACCUCGGGGUGAGAGAGGAAAUACUGGUUCAUCUGGCCCACCUGGAAUCCCUGGUCCUCCUGGCUCACCAGGAAAUGAUGCUGUCGUCAAUUACGACGAAAUCAAGGGCUUCAUCCGUCAACAGGUCAUCAAGAUCUUUGAUGAGAGAAUGGCCUACUACAUGUCUCGCAUGCAGAUGCCAGUGGAGAUGGUGGCCUCUCCAGGUCGGCCUGGGCCCCCAGACAAGGACGACCAGGAGGGCAAGGACUCCCAGGACCACGGGGACCACAAGGAACAAAAGGUGACAAAGGUGUCGGAGAGAUGGGAGAUACAGGGCCUCCUGGAGCUCCAGGUGUUCCAGGCCCCCCGGGGUAUGGAAAAAUGGGGCCCCCUGGUGCUGUUGGUCAGCAGGGUGUUCCGGGUAUCCCAGGCCCCCCUGGGCAGGCUGGGACAAAGGGAAAAGAGGGCCGAUGUAAUCCUGUGGAUUGCGUGA